UGACAGUGGUAAUGCAGGGUGUUUAACUAGUGGAUUUUUAUUCAAUAAAAAGACAUGGACGCUAAAACACAGAUACAAGAAGCAAUCAAAAGCCAAGGUGAAGUAGUGCGGAAGCUGAAGGCGGAGAAGGCAAGCAAAGAUCAGUGCUAGGGUUGCUUACCACUUUUCUCCUGUUCUUCCUGCCUGACUCGGAUGACCUAUGGCUGCUGAACCUCCACCGUCCUUUUUGCUUGUGUGGAAUCUGAACUGACCUGGAAAACUGCUGUAUACUCCCACUUCCUAAUUCAAUACCUGUGGUCCUCGGAUGACUUUGAUCCAAAUGGAUGCUAAAUAUCGACUUGAAUGACUUUUUGAAACCAACUCUACUUGUGCUGUCGACAACAUGCUGGCCAUGUUUGGUGUCCGUGCAUGCUCUGCAUUAUUGGGUUCAUGGACUGUGUCACGGGUUCGACUCCUGCAUUCUCUCUCUGGGAUGACUGCUGCUCAGAUUGAUGAAGAAGUAGCAAAACUCUUGGAGCUGAAAGCCAAGUUAGGAGAUGAUGGCAAACAUCAGUUUGUACUCAAGACACCAAAGGGAACACGGGAUUACAAUCCCAAACAGAUGGCCAUCAGAGAGAAGGUCUUUAAUACCAUCAUCCACUGCUUCAAGCGUCACGGAGCUGAAACCAUUGAUACUCCUGUAUUUGAACUGAAGGAAACAUUGACAGGGAAAUAUGGAGAAGACUCAAAACUAAUCUAUGACCUGAAAGACCAAGGAGGAGAGCUGCUGUCCCUCAGAUAUGACCUUACUGUUCCCUUUGCUCGUUAUCUGGCCAUGAAUAAAAUAACUAAUAUUAAGCGUUAUCACAUUGCAAAAGUCUAUCGUCGGGACAACCCAGCCAUGACUCGUGGGCGCUAUAGAGAGUUUUACCAGUGUGAUUUUGACAUAGCAGGGCAGUAUGAUGCUAUGAUCCCAGAUGCUGAAUGCCUGAAAAUUGUCUAUGAAAUCCUUGGAGAACUGGACCUUGGAGACUUUCUCAUUAAGGUGAAUGACAGACGAAUCCUCGAUGGAAUGUUUGCCGUCUGUGGUGUUCCAGAUGAUAAAUUCCGCACCAUCUGUUCCACUGUGGACAAACUGGAUAAGAUGCCUUGGGAGGAUGUGAAGAAGGAAAUGGUGAAUGAAAAGGGCUUGUCAGAGGAGGCAGCUGACCAGAUUGGAACCUAUGUCAGUAUGCAUGGAGGGAUGGACCUUGCUGAGCGGCUUCUCCAAGAUCCCAAAAUAUCCCAGAGUAAGCAGGCCUGUGCUGGUCUGACCGACAUAAAGCUGCUCUUCAGUUACCUGCAGCUGUUCCAGAUAACAGACAAGGUGGUAUUUGACCUGAGUUUAGCUCGUGGCUUGGACUACUACACAGGUGUUAUCUAUGAGGCCGUGCUGACACAGGCAGGAGUAGCCCCAGUAGUUGUUGAAACUCAGAACGGGCCUCCAGGCUCUACAGAGGAGAGUGUGAGUGUGGGCAGUGUGGCAGGAGGGGGACGAUACGAUGGACUGGUAGGCAUGUUCGACCCCAAGGGAAGGAAAGUGCCUUGUGUGGGCGUCAGCAUUGGCAUAGAGAGGAUCUUCUCCAUCAUGGAGCAGAAAGCUGAGGCCUGCACAGAGAAGGUUCGUACCACAGAGGUGCAGGUCAUGGUGGCUUCUGCACAGAAGAACCUGCUGGAGGAAAGACUCAAACUUGUCACUGAGCUCUGGAAUGCUGGCAUUAAGGCAGAGGUAAUGUACAAGAAGAACCCCAAGUUGCUGAGUCAGUUACAACACUGUGAGGAGUCUGGGAUCCCCCUAGUGGCCAUACUGGGAGAACAAGAGCUAAAGGAUGGAGUGGUCAAACUCCGAGUUGUUGCCAAUAGAGAAGAGGUUGACAUCUCUAGAGGAGACCUAGUGGAAGAAAUCAAAAGAAGGACCUCAUAAGACUAUCUGCACCAGCUAUGAGCUGAAUUUCAGAGACAGUCUGCUAAUAACUGUUAUUACUCUAAACGGCAUGUCUGAUACACACAACAUUUAAAAUACCAGUGUCAUUUGAAUUUAGGGAGAUGCACUAAACAAAGCUAGCCAAAUACCCAAUAUGAACAAUAUAAAUAUAAACAACUUUUUUUCAUAUUUCCUUAAUUCCUGAGGACAAACAAGUCAAGCUCAUGAAAGGCAAGUUUAAGUAACUUCUGCUUGUACCAUAUGUUUUUGUCCAUGUGUCCAAAUAAAAUUUUGUGGGAUACAGUGUGGAAUAUAA